UCUUCCGAGAACGGCAGCCUGCGAUUCUCCACGCCGCCAGGGGACCUGCUGGACGGGGGCCUCUCAGGCCGCAGUGGUACCGCUAGCGGAGGCAGCACCCCACACUUGGGACCGGGCCGGCCUAGCUCAAAAGAAAGCCGGAGGAGUGACACUUGUGAGUACUGUGGGAAGGUGUUCAAGAACUGUAGCAAUCUGACAGUGCACAGACGCAGCCACACAGGCGAGAGGCCCUACAAGUGUGAGCUUUGCAACUACGCCUGCGCCCAAAGCAGCAAGCUCACCCGCCACAUGAAGACACACGGCCAGCUCGGUAAGGAAGUGUACCGCUGUGACAUUUGCCAAAUGCCCUUCGGCGUCUACAGCACGCUCGAGAAACACAUGAAAAAGUGGCAUGGGGAACAUUUGAUGACGAAUGAGGUCAAAAUUGAACAAGCAGAGAGAAGCUAAGCCAGAUUUCCUAUUUUGUCUCACAAUUCCUUGAUUAUAAAAGGGGUAGCUGGAUACUCUGUUUUUUUGUUAGGUUUUUUUUUUUGUUAGUUUUUAUUUUUUUGGUUGCUUGU